AUGCAGUCCGACCUCAAGCACUCCCGCCGCCGCUCCCAAGUCGCCUCCACCGUCGAGUACCACCGCCCGAGCCGUGAGUCGAUCUUAGAGUACAGCCAGCUCCUCCCCGCUCACGCCGUCUCCAAGGCGGAAGCAAACCUCCACGCAGCGCAGGCAGCGGGCUUCAAGGACCCUUACGUCCCCAUUCGCCAGGCGCCACCGCCUCCUGCCACCUCGACCACGCCCAAGACACCCGCCAAGGAGCCCCGCGUCCGCAACUCGCUGCAGAAACCGCGGCCCCGCAAGAACAGCGCGCCGUCGACGCCCCCCGUAUCGGUCACCGAUCGCGACCCGUUCGCUGCCCACACAAAGGACCUGCCCGAUCCCGCCACCAAGCCGCACAGAGCCAUGAACACCACCGUCUCGCCGCCGCCACGGCCGUCGCGCGCCAACACGGCCACGCUGCACGACAUCUUCCCCACCCAGUCCACCGUCGCCCAGCGUCGCAUGUCGUCGCCCACGCUCACCAGGGAAGACAUCCCCUACUACGCCGAUCCGUCCGAGAUCCCCCACGGCGACUACAGCGGCCCUAGCGCCAGCGUGCAGAGCAGCCCCGCCCCGCCGUCCGCCGUGCCGUCGUCCGCGAUCACCGCCCCGAUUGCUGCCACCAUCAGCUCCGGCUCCAGCGCCGGCCGCCUACGCAGCGGGACGAACAACACCAAGAACAAAAAGGGUAUGCUCGGCUUCAUGUCGGACUUCCUCAACACCUCCAAGCGCAUCGAGAUCAGCACGCCGUACGACCCCGUUCAUCUGACACAUGUCGGCUUCAACUCGUCGACCGGCGAGUUCACCGGCUUGCCGAAGGAGUGGCAGCAGCUGCUGCAGGAGAGCGGCAUCUCCAAGUACGAGCAGGAGAAGAACCCGCAGGCUGUUAUGGAGAUCGUCAAGUUCUACCAGGAGGGAGUGGGCGGUGAUGUAUGGGACAAGAUCGGCAACAUGGGCACGCCCUACAGCGCGCAGCCGCAGCCCGCGACACCUGCGUCCCGGGAGGUGGAUACCACAUUAUCGUCACCGGUGAGCACCGAACGGAUGCCAUUGUCGUCGUCGUCUCCGUCUGACACCACACGUCAGCGACCUGCGCCUCCUCCCCCCAAGAAGGCACAGACGCCGUCUGCGAGCCCCGCGCCGUCCGCCUACCGGCCCGCCCCCGCACCGCCGUCUGCGCCCACCACCGCUCUCGACCGCUCCACGUCGCAACGCCUACCGCCCGCCAAAUCCAAGCCGAGCGAACAGCUCGAGCGCGCGCGCACGACUCGCGACCCUUCGCGCCGUCCCACCGCGCCCAACGGCGCGCCCGUGACCCCGCCGUCGGAACGUCGCGAGGAACCGCAAGCUUACAGGAGCCCACCCAAAAAGCCGACGGCGACAGCGCCCGGGGGGCUGCCCGGAUCAGCUGCCGCAGCACAGCGUGAGAAGGAGUCACGGUCACCGCCGCCUCAGAGCGCGGCGGUGCAGCACCUCGCGAAGACCGCUGGGGCGACUGCAACCCCGCGGAGGAGGGAGAAGAAGGAUGCGGCGAAGGAGGCGGAUAUCGUCAAGCGGCUGCAGGCGAUCUGCACAGACGCUGAUCCUACGCGGCUCUACAGGAACUUGGUGAAGAUUGGGCAAGGUGCAUCUGGUGGUGUAUAUACAGCCUACCAGGUGGGCACCAACCUGUCGGUGGCCAUCAAGCAGAUGGACCUCGACAAGCAGCCCAAGAAGGAUCUCAUCAUAAACGAGAUUCUUGUGAUGCGGUCAUCCCGUCACCCGAACAUUGUCAACUACAUCGACUCGUUCUUGCAUAAGAACGACCUUUGGGUUGUGAUGGAGUACAUGGAGGGUGGUUCGUUGACGGACGUCGUCACCGCUAACCUCAUGACGGAGGGCCAGAUCGCAGCUGUCAGUCGGGAGACCUGCCAAGGGCUUGAGCACCUUCACCGACACGGCGUCAUUCACCGAGACAUCAAGUCUGACAACGUUCUGCUCAGCAUGAACGGCGACAUCAAAUUGACCGACUUCGGUUUCUGUGCCCAAAUAUCGGACGGCGCGAAACGCACAACGAUGGUCGGGACGCCGUACUGGAUGGCGCCGGAAGUUGUUACGCGUAAAGAGUACGGGCCGAAGGUCGACGUCUGGAGCUUGGGCAUCAUGGCGAUCGAGAUGAUCGAGGGCGAGCCGCCGUACCUCAACCAGAACCCGCUCAAGGCGCUUUACCUCAUCGCCACGAACGGCACGCCCCAGAUCGCCAAUCCUGAGUCACUCAGCCCGACUUUCCGGGAUUAUCUCUCGAAGACGCUCGAAGUCGACGCGGAGAAGCGGCCAGACGCCACGCAGCUGUUGGCGCAUCCGUUCUUCAAGCUGAGCGAGCCGCUCAGGACGCUCGCGCCGCUCAUCAAGGCUGCUCGCGAGCAAGCGAAGGCGAAGAGCGGACACUGA